UAACCAAGCUAAUCAUACAGUACUUAUUCUUUCUCCAAGGGGCAUUGCUGAAAUUUCUUCAUCCCGCUCUACCAAGUGUUGUCUCUGGUGCUACUGAAGGGCCAUCAACAUCGUCUUCGUCACAUGUUUAUGAGGAGGAGCAAGUGGAAGACAACAUUGCGGCGUCCACACCACUUCCCAGCAGUGGUUCAACAGAAGCAGUGCCAUCAACUCCAUCACGACUUGAGGAGGAGCAAGUGGAAGCAUCCACACCACUUCCCAGCAGUGGUUCAACAGAAGUGCCAUCAACUCCAUCUCCACUUCAUGAGGAGGACAAAGAGGAAGAUGACAUUGACAUGGCAGAGACCACCCCACCAUCCAGAACUGGGGUACCUGUAGGUAUUGCAAGCACCACAUUAAGUGAUGACCCAGGAUGUUGGCCCAGUGUCCUAACAAGCAGUAUGCGCUGUGAAAUAGUCAAAAAAGGACCUGUGCAAAUCAUGGACAUUGAAUUCCCGCAAAACUUAGACAAUCCUCCUCGAAGAUUCACCAAGGACAGUUACAAAAGAACCAUGAAAAAUGGUGAGAAUAUACAUCGAUCGUGGCUGGUGUAUUCCAUCCACACAGAUGGAGUGUUCUGUUUCCCUUGUACUGUUUUCGGGAAGCGUGAGCGUGACAAUGCCUUAACGACCUGUGGCUACGGUGGAUGGAAGAACCUUUCCUAUCGCCUAAAAAAACACGAGUGCACAAAGGUGCACUGUGACAAUGUGAAAAAGUGGCACGACCUUCAGAGGAGACUGCAAACCAGUACACUGAUUGAUCAAAGACAGAUGGAGUUGAUGCAACUUGAAGUUGAACACUGGAAAGGCGUGAUUCGGAGAGUGAUUGCCAUAGUUUCCCAUCUGGCAGAACGCAACCAGGCUUUGAGAGGAACUACCAGUACCGUGUAUGAUCGCCACAAUGGGAAUUUUCUGGCUCAAGUGGAACUCCUAGCACAGUUUGAUCCGGUAAUGAAUGAACACAUCAGACGAAUACAAUGCAAAGAGACAAAGGUGCAUUACCUGAGUGGAGUCAUUCAGAACGAAAUCAUUCAGCUGGUCGGAGACAAAAUCCUACAGGAGAUUGCAAGAAGAGUGCACAAAGCAAAAUACUUCUCCGUGAUCAUGGAUUGCACUCCUGACAUCAGCCACAAGGAACAACUUUCUGUUGUUCUCAGGAUUGUCAACUGUGAAACACCUGUUUCUAUUGCUGAGCAUUUUUUGGGAUUUGUACAUGUUGAAGACACAACUGGUAAAGGGCUCAGUGAAAUCCUGCUUGACCAGUUGGAGAAGCACAACCUCAGCAUUUCAGAUUGCCGUGGGCAGUCAUACGACAAUGGCAGCAAUAUGAUGGGCCACAAACAGGGUGUGCAGGCAAGAAUUUUAGAGCUGAACAACAAGGCGCUAUGCAUCCCAUGCAGCAGUCACACACUAAAUCUGGUUGUGUCAGAUGCUGCCAAGUCUUCAGUGUUGUCCAUGUCUUUUUUUGGUAUGCUGCAACGACUGUACAACCUUUUCAGUUCCUCUGUGCACCGCUGGGCAAUUUUGAAGCAGCAUGUGAAGCAGCUCACCCUUAAGCCACUUUCAGGGACGAGAUGGGAGGCCCGAAUUGACAGUGUGAAGGUAGUGCGGUACCAUCUACCUGAAAUACUAGACGGACUGUCAGCACUGGAGACAUAUGCUACAGAGAAGGGGGACUCAGAGACCAUGUCCUCAGCAAAAAGCUUACAUGGUGAGCUUAAAACAUGGUCCUUUCUUCUGUGCACAAUAACCUGGUACAACGUUUUGUAUCAGGUUAACCAUAUGAGCAAGCUCCUCCAGAGCCCGGAUGUUUCAAUGCAAACACUGAAAAAAGAAACCGAGGGAGUGACAGAGUACCUAGAAGAUUUCAGGGAAAAUGGACUCGCAUCAAGCCAAACGGAUGCAAUGGAGAUUGCAGAAGAUCUGGAAAUUGAGAGGAAAUUGCCUGAGAAAAGGCAACGUAAAAAGAAAAGGCAGUUCCUUUACGAGAGUACAGAUGAAACCCAAUCGACCCCAGAAGAGGCCUUCAGAAGGGACUUCUUCCUGCCUUUGGUUGACACUGCCAUCACCAGCCUAAAAGACAGAUUUUCCAGACUGGAGGGGGUGUAUGCCCUGUACGACUUCCUGUUCAGCAUUGAUAUCAUGAGGGCCACAAUCAAGACUGGGAAAUUGCAUGAGAGAUGCAGGAAAGUGGAACAAACCCUCCAUGAUAUUGAUGCAGACGACUUGGCAUUGGAGAUCAACUCUGCUGUCCACACCUUUCCAGAUGAAGUAUCCAGGUGCCCAUUUAAAAUGCUGGACUACAUAUACAGUGAGAAGCUGUUGGACCUGUACAGCAAUUUAAGCAUUGCACUGCGCCUACUUCUGACCCUUCCUGUCUCGGUUGCCUCCGGAGAGAGGAGCUUUUCAUCUCUGAAGCGCAUAAAGAAUUACAUGAGGUCAACUAUGAGCCAAGAGAGGCUCUCUGGACUGGCACUCAUGUCAAUUGAGAGUGACGUCCGCAGGUCUUUGGACUUGGAGGGGAUUGUGUCUGCAUUUGCUGAGGCCAAGGGCCGCAAGCAGCAGUUUCAGUAGGAAAUAAAAAAAAUAAUAAAGGCUACUUUUCAGUGUAUGUUUGACCUCUUUUGUGAUUAAAACGCACAGAAUUGCGGAAAUUUUUUUUUUAAAGGCCCCCAACAACUUCUUUGCCUAGGGCCCCCAAAAUCCUAGAA